AUGUUCCAGGGGUCGACCUGCGCGACAUGGGAAGACGUCGGACGAAGAGCUCCAGCGCUUGCGCGCCAAUGCGGGAGCCGCCUGGAUGGUCAACCUGACCCUGGUGGUGUGGAUCGUGUGGCUCUAUCAACGAAGGAGCAGUACGUUCCGCAACUCGGACAAGCAGGCCACCCCCCAGGCGUUUUGUCUGUCCUCACUGGAGCACUUGCACGGCAGCCCUCGCAGCUUCUUCUCCGACUUGACAAGGCCAUCUUUUCGCUUCUGCAGCAACAGAUGGAGGAGGAGACGGGCACCUUGGCGACGGACAGCCGCUUGAAGGAGGAUCUGAGGCAAGAAGCCCUGCGGAUUGUGGACAUCACUUCACGGUUGCAGGAUCAGCUGUUCGUGGCGGAGCCCAGUCAGCAGGGCCCCUUGCAGCAAUUGCAGCAGAGUCUACAAGACCUCAUGCAACAGGUGGAAUGCCUCUACAGCUGA